GAAGGCCGCGGGCAGGCGGACGCGGCGGGAGCGGAGACACUGACCGGCUGAGGCCGAGGCAUGUGGAGUGCCGGCGGGAGCCUGCUCCACACCCUGCCCCGGGCCUUGCAGCACGCCGGUCGGCUGGGCGGCGCGGAGCAGCCCGGCCGCUGGGCUCCGGAGCGGACGGUGGGCGGGGACUGCCCCGAGGACCGCCUUCCCCGCGGGGGCGGGGCCGGCGCGGCUGCAGCGGCGGCGGCGGCGGCGGCCUCCGGCGCCCUACUCGGCGCCUAUCUGGAGCGCCACGGUCCGCCCGCGGCCUCGGACUUGCCGGCGCCUGCCGGGGCGUUGGCGGGCGGCCCCGGGAGCGGCGGCGGCGUGGUGGUCGGGGUGGCCGAGGUGAGAAACUGGCGGUGCUGCUGCUUCGGCAGCACCUGUUGGUGCCGGAGCCUCGUGCUGGUGUGCGUGCUGGCCGCCCUGUGUUUCGCUUCCCUGGCCCUGGUCCGCCGCUACCUGCAGCAUCUCCUGCUCUGGGUGGAGAGCCUCGACUCGCUGCUCGGUGUCCUGCUCUUCGUCGUGGGCUUCAUCGUGGUCUCCUUCCCCUGCGGCUGGGGCUACAUCGUGCUCAACGUGGCGGCCGGCUACCUGUACGGCUUCGUGCUAGGCAUGGGGCUCAUGGUGGUGGGCGUCCUCAUCGGCACCUUUAUCGCUCAUGUGGUUUGCAAGCGGCUGCUCACCGCCUGGGUGGCCGCCAGGAUCCAGAGCAGCGACAAGCUGAGUGCCGUUAUCCGCGUCGUGGAGGGAGGAAGCGGCCUGAAGGUAGUGGCGCUGGCCCGGCUGACUCCCAUACCUUUUGGGCUUCAGAAUGCAGUGUUUUCGAUUGCUGACCUUUCCUUACCCAACUAUCUCAUGGCAUCUUCAGUUGGACUACUUCCCACUCAGCUUCUCAACUCUUACCUGGGUACCACCCUGCGGACAAUGGAAGACGUCAUCGCAGAACAAAGUGUUAGUGGAUAUUUUGUCUUUUGUUUACAGAUUGUUAUAAGCAUAGGCCUCAUGUUUUAUGUAGUCCAUCGAGCUCAAGUGGAACUGAAUGCAGCUAUCGUAGCCUGCGAGAUGGAACUGAAAACCUCUCUGGUUAAAGGCAGUCAGCCAGAUCCCAGUGGCUCUUCCUUCUACAACAAGAGGACCCUCACGUUUUCUGGAGGUGGAAUCAAUAUUGUAUGAUUCUUACGAACUGGUUGUCAAGAGCCUAGUAUAUGCUAUAUAGGCCUAGCAGUCACUUGCCUAGUGGCAUUAUGGCACAAACGAAACUGACUAGUUUUUAAAUUGCACAAUUUUCUAAAAGCAAGAAUCAUUUUCUGAGUCUGUAAAUGUAAAUGUAGACGCAGCUUUAGCUGCCCCUUGUUAUACCUGUAAUGCCUAUAGGUGUGCACUUUAGUGUUGUUGAAUGGUUUUAUUGCUGGGACUUAUGAACAGAGAAAUAACCCAAAUAUUUUUUCUGUUUAGUAUCUUUAUUUAUAAAGCUCAUGAAUAGUUUUGUACAUCUGUCUUUAAAGAUGAGUAAAAGUAUGCAGUUCUAAAUGUAUUGUUGCUGGAUUUUCUUUGCUUAGGUAGUCUUUCCAGAAGGAGUAAGUAAACUGUUGUUUAGGCUUGUUUUUUUUGUUGUUGUUGUUUUUGUUUUUAUUGUUGUU